AUGAAUAGUGUAGAUAACCCCAAUAAUACAAUUAAUAAUCUCAACACCACUACCACUGCCACUACAACGACCAACAAUAAUAACAUUCAUUCCAAUAAUUAUAAUAUUCAUACAAAUGAUACAUUAAUAAAUAUUAAUAAUAUUGAUACCGGUAAUAAUAAUAAUUUCAGCAAUCGCCACGAAAAUUUUGAUGAUAUUAAUAAAUUUGAAAAUAAUAUGACUAAUAAUAUUAUAAAUACAAAUAAAAAUAAAAAUAAUUGUAUUGAUGAUAAUAACAAUAAUGACCAAAAAAAAUUUUUAAAUAAUAAAGAUAACAAUUUAGAUGAUAACAAUAAUAACAAUAAUAAUAAUAAUAAUAAUAACAAUAAUGAAUUUAAUAGAGUUUGUUAUACUAUAGAUCAUAAACUAAAAAGUAGAGCAGAAUUAAAUAAAUUAUUAGAAAAUGGUAUUAUAAAGAACAAUCCAAAUAUAUCAUCGAGUAUUCAACAAAAACAACUCCAAAUUAAAUUUAAAAAGACUGGUGAAACUUUAGAUAAAAGAUUAGAAAAUCGUCCAAAUAUUAACCAUCUAAUUGACCAAAAUAUUAUUGUCCCAAACUCAAAUCUAGCUCCAUCUCUUCAAUCAAAACAAAAACAUUUAGAUUUUCAAAAUAAAAAAUCGUCUCUAUUGCAACUAUUAGAUAACAGACCUGAUCAAAACCAAAUCAUCGAUUUAAAUAUUUUAAAACCAUUAAAUAACAAUAACAGUGACAAUAAAAUAGAAACAAAUGGUGACGAUGUGUAA